UGGUAACCAGCUCAGACGUGGCAUAUUCGAGGCAUACUCUGGCAUACUACAGGGUAUCAAGGGCGCAAAGGCUCAGCUGAUGAUACCAUAUGCAGGCCAUCUAUUGCAGUUCACCGAAGCUGUCUACAAAGAUAGUAGCAGGGACGAGAGCGUGACAAAGGCUGCGGUUGCUGUCCUGGGGGAUCUUGCAGACACACUUGGCCCCAUCUCCAAGGAUCUGUUCAAGAGCCACCUCUUCCAUGUUGAGUUCUUGAGGGAGUGCCAAGAUAUGGACGACGAAGUCAGGGAUACGGCGUCGUGGACCCAGGGAAUGAUAAACCAGGCAAUAGUUUCUUAGUAUGAGAAAUUAUCUUGCUUUGUCUGGUGUGGGGGAUGUUCUGUUUUGUUGCUGCGCCAAUGCCCGUUUGGCGCAGAUGAACGGAAGGAUACCAAAGUAUAUGUAGUGUCAGUGGUAGGAACCUUGUUGUAGGAGUCUCCUGUGUUGUUUAUCUUGAGUCUGUCAAGUCGUUAUGCGUCACAUUUUCAGUGUGUCAAGUCGGUAUGCGUCACA